GACCCGCUGCCUGCGUCCUCGUGUGAUGACAGCUGAUCCUACCGACACGGAGCCGCCGGGACCACCGGGUCACUUUCACGCUGUCAACAUGUUGUCGAGGCCUUGACGCGAAGAGAGAAGAAAGCCGUGUUUUCCAGGAAUAAUGACCCCGAAGCUGCGGGAAAAGUAGCCGCUGCAAAAGUUGAGUCGCGGAGGAAAAAAAAAAGAAAAGAAAAAAAAAAAAAAGUAGCUCCGCCACCACAUCAUCAAGCUGAAGAAGUUUUCUUUUUUCUUUUUGUCUGACGGUCCCGAUUCCACAUUUUCCACAGGACGGUCAGCCUCUUUAUAGGUUAUGAGUAAUGGAAGCGGGGUCGGUGGUGCGUGCCGUGUUUGAGUUUCUCCCCAGCGUCUCCGAGGAGCUGCCGCUCUUCCCCGGCGAUGUCAUCGAGGUGCUCGGUGUCGUGGAUGAGUUCUGGUUGCUUGGCAACAAAGAUGGCGUCACAGGGCAGUUUCCCAGCACCUUUGUGGAAGUGGUCACCAUCCCCAGCACCAAGUCUGGAGACCGACUCUUUGUCUGCACCAAUGAUUUCAGCUCGGCAGAGCCGGGCUACUCGUCCCUGAAGAGAGGCGAUGUGGUAGUCGGAGAUGCCGGCGGCUCCACGGACCUCGGAGAAAACUGGCAGCGUGGUUGUAACGCCUGGGGCGUCCGCGGCCUCUUCCCCACGUCGUGCGUGGCGGAGCUGACCCUCUCGGGUCGCUCCAGGCAGCUGUCCGAGCGCUCGGCUCAGGCUCAGGCCUCGGAGCUCCCCCCUUACGCCCUGGGCCAGGCCCGGGCCCUCAUGAGCCUCCACGCGCAGCUCAACGAGGAGCUGGACUUCCGCGAGGGGGACUUGAUCAUCAUCACCGGCCGGCCCGAGCCGGGCUGGUUCCAGGGGGAGCUGGAUGGCCGCAGGGGCGUCUUCCCGGAGGGGUUUGUGGAGCUCCAGGGAUCCCUCCGAUCUCCCCGGGAGCCGGCGGACUGCCCGUAUUCGACCAAUGACGCCGAAAGAUUUCGCUAUGAGGACCCGUACGAUGCAGGAGAGGGGACAGAGGAGGAAGGUGUCGAAGGAGAGGAUUUUCAUACGGACGACGAGGAGCAGAAGGAGGAAGGAGAAGAGGAGGAGGAGGAGGAUGGUGUCUAUGUAGUGGCACUUUAUGAGUUUCGGGCCAUGGAACCAGGCGAGUUGGACUUUGAUAUGGGAGAUCGCAUUCGUCUUUUAUGCACUUUGGAGGAUGGCUGGCUGGAGGGGGAGCUGAGAGGGCGACGGGGGAUUUUCCCUCAUCGUUUUGUCAAAAUAGAAGACGACGGGCAGAAGACUGCAGAGGAAGCGAAUGUUGUUGAACCAGAAGAAGACAAGGAGAACAGCUCAGGUCACGCAUGUCCUAAUGGGUCAAAUAAUGAUCCCGAAUGGAGGACGUAUGAGGAUCAUACAGUGUGGGACCUGGACUACUUUGAGCGGACCGAGGAGCAACGGUGGAAAAGUGAAAACGGAAGAACUGGAGCUCAGAUUGACAACGGAGGACGGCGAGGCGGGAGCAGCAGGCCCGUCAUCCCAGCACAGAAAGCGCCCGAGAGACCUAAAUCCACUCCUCCAGCCCGGCCGAGGCUCCCGUCUCGGGCCAGCCUGCCCGCAGGGGGCCGUCGGCACCACGGCCCGCCUUCUGGCGCGAACGGGUCCAGCUCUACAAACGGGAACGCGCGACCCUUCCAGCCCAAAUUAACGCACAGCCUAACCCUCCCGAGCUCUCAGUCAACAAACGGGAGACGCCACCAGAGGCCGGCAAAGGAUGGCGCCACCACCAGUAGCAGGGGUGGCAGCCUCAGCCAGGCGUUGUUCCACCUCGCCGAGGGCCACGUGCAGCAGAAGCUCACUCGCCAUGCGAGCGUCGGCGACGCCGAUAUGAUGACGCGGCGCCGCCCCCAGCAGACGGCGCGCGGCUCCGAUGGCGUUCCGCCGACGUCCGUCCCUUUCGAGGCCCUGGCGACCUCAGACCUGGAGACCAAGCUGUCCCAGCAGCUUUUUGAAUUUGAGAAAAGCUCGACUUCUUCCGGGGCUCCCGGGGACUCGUCUUCGGGGGGCGACCCGAGGCGGCGAUCGCGCACGUUGCGCCACUUUUCGAUUCUGGACUUCGGCGACGAGAGCGACGUCGCGCGCGGCUCCUCGCGUUCACCGGCGUCCCACCUGUCGCGGUCGAACUCCGCCUCGUCCUCGCUAGAGAGGCGCGGGACCCUUCGCCCUCCCCCUCCUCGACCUCGAGCCCUUCGUUCCUCCGCCCCGCCGGCGUGUAAGCCGGCCCGCCCCGCCCCGCGCGUCCCCCCUCGCUGCCCGGGACCAAACGCCGCUCCUCCGACCGUCUUCUGCGCCCCCGACGAACCAGCUUUGAACCUCCUCGACCAAAUAGCGGAAGGGAGGGCCGAGUUCGGCGACCUCGCAGCCGCCCGGGAACGCGAAAUCCGGCGUCGGCUGGACGCAGAGGCCGAGCUCGAGAGGGAGAUGGAGUCGGAGGGUCAGAGACGGAGGGAAGAGGAGGAGAGGUACCGGCUGCUGCUCCGGCUACAAGAGGUGGAGCACGACAUGGAGGCGUACGCGCACACGGCGGAGGAGCUCAGGAACAUGUUGGAGGAGGAGGAGGAGGAGACGGCCCGCGUGCAAGCCAUGGAGAACCUGGAGUUCUGCAACUACACGCUGGAGACACUGGCGCUGGAGCAGCAGCAGCUACAAGAGACGACGCUCCUGUCGUCCCAACCCAAAGCGCUAGAUUCAACCCCGACCUCGGACUCGACCCCCGCCGCCGGCGCCCAGGAUCCCGAGCUGAGGAUGCUGGAGAAGAGGUCAAAGGUCAUCGAGGAGCUGCUGCAGACUGAGAAGGACUACAUCAAAGACCUGCAGAUGUGUGUCGAGGAGAUCAUCGAGCCGCUGCAGAGGAAGCAGGUAAAGAAUGUGGACUUCGAUGGUCUCUUUGGCAACAUCGGCUCAGUGAUCGACUUGUCGACCCGCCUGUUUGAAACUCUGCAGGACGCGGACUCGAUCGGAAAUAUAUUUCUGGACUUCAAAGCGGAGCUGGAAGAGGUGUACAAGGUCUACUGUCAGAACCACGACGACGCCAUCGCUCUGCUCGAGAGUUACGAGAAGGACAAAAACAUCCAGCAGCACGUGUUGGAGUGUCUGGAGAGGCUGAGGGCCAUUUAUCGCGAGUGGGGGAAAACGAAUUACAUCAACCUCGGCUCUUUCUUAAUCAAGCCGGUGCAGCGGGUGAUGCGAUACCCGCUGCUGCUGACGGAGCUGCUGGGGGCCACACCGGAGAGCCACCCCGACCGGCUCCAGCUCACUCAAGCUCUGCUGGCCAUCAAAGAGAUCAACGUAAACAUCAACGAGUACAAGCGCAGGAAGGACCUUGUGGUGAAGUACAGGAAAGUCGACGAGGACACGUUCAUCGACAAGAUCUCCAAGCUGAGCAUGCACUCCAUUAUCAAGAAAUCCAACCGUGUCAGCAGCCACCUGAAACAACUCACAGGAAUAUCACCGCAGAUUAAAGAUGAAGCGUUCGAUGAGGCGGAGAAGAGGUUCCGGCUGCAGGAGAGACUCAUCAAGUCCUUUAUCAGGGACAUCUCCCUGUACCUGCAACAUAUACGGGAAUCGGCAUCUGUGAAGGUCUUGGCAGCCAUCAGCUUCUGUGACAUCUACACGGAGCGAAGUGUCCUCGACCCCGAGCGCUUCCAGAGAGCUCACCGCUGCAUCAGCGACGAACAGUUCACGCAGUUUAAGGAGCGCACGGAGGCCUUGGUCAUCAACCCGCUCACCCAGCUGCUCCUCAUGUUCGCCGGGCCGCACAAACUCAUCCAGAAGCGCUUCGACAAGCUGCUGGACUACGACAGCUGCAAGGAGCGCGCCGACCGGCUCAAGGACCGCCGCGUGCAGGACGAGCUGCAGGCGGCGCGCAACAACUACGAGGCGCUCAACGCCCAGCUCCUGGACGAGCUGCCCAAGUUCCACGGGGCGGCACAGGGGCUGUUUACCGGCUGCGUGACGGCGUUCGCUCAAGCCCAGAAGAACUUCAUGAAAAGCACACUGGGGGAGCUGAGGCCCCUCCUGCAGGCUUUUUCGAACCAAGCGGGCACCGAGGGCAACCUGAUCUCCAAGUUCCAAGAAGAGUACGGUCGAGUUCUCCAACUUCUGCAGAGCUUUAGCUUCUGCCCGGAGAACCUUCCUCCGGCCGCCUCCACGAAAAAGGCCUCCGAGAAGAAGACUCUCGAGAAGCAUAUCUCUAAAAAGCUGCUGGCACCUCCCAACCACAUCAUGCAGACGGAUGAGCACCGUGCAGGACUUCUGGUCCGCUAUGGUCCCGAUAAGCUUUUCCAGGCGGAGAGAAACUUCAACGCAGCACAGGAUCUGGACAUCUCUGUGCUGGAGGGAGACCUUGUCGGUGUAAUCAAGCAGCAGGACCCCAUGGGUAGCAACAACCGCUGGCUCAUUGAUAGUGGCGGCGGCAAGGGUUUCGUGUACAGCUCCUUCCUCAAACCCUACAACCCGCGCAGGAGCCAAUCGGACAUCUCCAUCGAGAGCCAAUCGUCCACUGAGUCCGGCUACGGCGGCUCCUCGCCCGUCUUCUCCCGCCAGAACAGCAACAGCACGCUGACCUUUAACCAGGACACGGCCACCGUCAGCUUCUCCACAUCGCAGCCCCAAACUCUUUCAUCUCUGCACCCUUCGCUGGACUCUGCCUCGUUUCGCCGGAGUCACCACAGAGAUGGACCCCACCACGAAGUCGCCAGUCAGAGCAACUCCAUAAACUCCUCCCCCAGAAAUCCCUCAAACCGCAAGGAAUACUCCGAGCCGUCGUACCGCCAGACGGGCAAUCACAGAGACGCCUACGAUGCGAGUUCUGCCAGUCUGAGGAGUCCCAAGGACGCGGCGGACCUCUCGGAGACGGACUCUUACUCUUCACCCAGAGGCAAUCGCUCGCAGCGCUACGGACACACAGACAAAACCUACAGUUCAUACCAGUGGAAGAAUGGAGAUGAUUGUGGCCAGAAGAAAACGUCUCACUCCAGAGAGGAGUUCACCGAGCCGGAGCCGGAGGAUGAGAGUGAAUUAGAUACCCAUCAGAUUUACUACGCGCUCUACUCCUUCGACGCCCGCUGCGCCAACGAACUGAGCAUCUCGGCCAAUCAGCGGCUGCGGAUCGUGGAGUUCAAGGACAUGAACGGCAACGGCGAAUGGUGGCUGGGGGAGGCGGAAGGCCGACGAGGCUACGUGCCUUCCAACUACAUCCGCAAAUCCGAAUACACAUGAAGUGUUGUCCCGAGACUGGACUCGGACUUGAGGAAGUCUCACUCUGAAGAGCAGACGGAUCAAAGAGACCGACGAGCACCUGUGACUUCUGUUUGAUCGGUCGUCAUGUAGUUUGACAGUGAGAAGGACUGACUAUUGCUGCUGCUGACUCUGCUCCUCAAAGUUAGCAUUAUAUGCCUAUAUUUAUAGUCUUUUUUUCAUAUUUUUACUUUCUGGAAACCUACUCCCUCUUGUUUCCAGUGUAUUGCCCCUCGAUUAUUUGCCGUAUCCUGUGGUGCUGAAGACAGAGAGAUGUACGUGGAAGAGAGCAUCCUUAAAGGUUCACACAGAACACUGUGUUCAUGACUUUUUGUUCUGCAUGUACGCCACGAGAAGGAUAAAUGAAUAUGAGAUCAAUCUACACCAUACAGUUCAACAAUCAAAGUUUGAGGCACUUAUGACGACUAUCCAGUGGUUGCAAGUUUUGAAGUUUCCCUGCAGCCAAGAAUCUGGAGCGUUGUAUGAAAUGAAUAAGGACGUUAUGAAUUGAGGGCAAAGUUGAUGAAUGGUUUACUAGCACUCCACUUGUCAAUAACAUGAACACACUUUCUUACUGAGCUGACCCAGUUUACCUGUCAGAGGGUAAUGAAAAGGGAGAGAGAUCGUGGUCAGAUCUGACCUCUGACCUCUCCACCUUCUCCCCAUGUACAUUAUAUAUAGUGCUGUUCAUUGAGAGUAUGCUCUUGCACCCACUGUAAAGUGAUCACUGAAUAAUAAAAACAGCUCGGCUGUAAAAUGUUGAA